GCUUCGGGCCAGCGCACUGCCCUCUCCUCAGACUCCAGCCCUGUGCCCGGUCAAGAAGAGACGCUCCGCUCCCAGAAGAGGCCCGGGAUCGUCCCCGGACCCAGGUGGGGAAGAGGAGUUGGCUGUGCGGGCCUCCCCUGAGGGUCCCCAGUGGGCUGCAUGGCAGCGCCCCCGCUGGGCCGCCUGGUGCUGGCCCAUCUGCUGGUGGCCCUGUUCGGCAUGGGCUCCUGGGCCUCGGUCAACGGCGUCUGGGUGGAGCUCCCCGUGGUGGUGAGGGACCUCCCCGAAGGUUGGAGUCUCCCCUCAUACCUCUCUGUGCUGGUGGCCCUGGGGAACCUGGGUCUGCUGGCCGUAACCCUGUGGAGGAGGCUGGCCCAGGGCAAGCACGAGCAGGUCCCAAUCCGGGCGGUGCAGCUGCUGAACGUGCUGGGCACAGCGCUGCUGGCCCCACUGUGGCACCGAGUGGCCCCUGUGGCUGGGCAGCCCCACUCAGUGGCCUUCCUGACCCUGACCUUGGUGCUGGCCCUGGCCUGCUGUGCUUCCAACAUCACUUUCCUGCCCUUCCUGAGCCACCUGCCCCCGCCUUUCCUCCGGUCCUUCUUCCUGGGCCAGGGCCUCAGUGCUCUGCUGCCCUGUGUGCUGGCUCUGGCACAGGGCGUCGGGCGCCUGGAGUGCGCGCCUGCCGCCACCAACGGCACCCAGGGGCACCCCCGCUACUUCCCGGAGCGCUUCUCGGCCAACUCCUUCUUCUGGGCGCUGACCGCACUUCUGGCCGCCUCGGCUGCCGCCUUCCACGGUCUCCUGCCGCUGUUGCCAUCCCUGCCUGUGCCGCCUGGACCCACCGGGGGCCCAGGGAUGGGCCUUCGGGUGGGGGCCCCACGGGGUGGUUCUGAAGAAGAGGGGGAGGAGGUUUUGCCCUUGCAGGAGCCACCGGCCCAGGCGGCAGUCGCCACCCCCACCUCCGCCCCAGAGGCUCCCCACCUACUGUCGGCCCGAAGCGCCUGCCUGUUGAGCCUGCUGACCCUCACCAAUGCGCUGACCAAUGGUGUGCUCCCCGCCGUGCAGAGCUUCUCCUGCCUGCCCUAUGGGCGCUUGGCCUACCACUUGGCCGUGGUGCUGGGCAGCACGGCCAACCCCCUCGCCUGCUUCCUGGCCAUGGGCGUGCUGAGCAGGUCCCUGGCCGGUCUAGCUGGCCUCUCUCUACUAGGUGUGCUCUUUGGGGCCUACCUGUUGGUGCUGGCGGUCCUCAGCCCCUGCCCGCCCCUGGUGGGCACCUCUGCAGGGGUGGCCCUCGUGGUGGUGUCCUGGGUGCUGUGUCUUGGCUUGUUCUCCUACGUGAAGGUGGCGGCAAGCUCCCUGCUGCACGGCGGGGGGCAGCGGGCACUGCUGGCAGCUGGUGUGGCUAUCCAGGUGGGCUCCCUGCUCGGGGCCCUGGCCAUGUUCCUUCCCACGAGCAUCUACCACGUGUUCCGCAGUGGUGAGGCCUGCGGCGACCCGUGUGGCUCCUGAGCUGGGCAGCAAGGUCACCCGCACAGGCUGUUGUUACCUCUGCCUGGAGUGCUCCGUGCCCCUGGCUGCCCACGUACUGGCACACUCCGGACACCUAGUCACUCCCCAGGGGACUCUGGCACUCGGGCCAUCGCGCGGAUCAGGGCAGACCCCACCUACAGACUGGUUCCCCUGCCAAACCUAGGCACUUCCUGAAGGAUUUGUACAAUAAAGCCUUUUACUUUUGGUAA